AUGUUAAACAAAAACGGAACAUACACGAUGUCCAAAUAUAGUUCUUCGAUGAGUGUAUCAAGUAAGGAUAAUAGAGUCAGAUACUCUUAAGCUCCUGAAGAAUUAGGAAAAAGAGCUAAAUUACCACUCGAUAUUACAUUGUUCGUAAUGGCUGUGGAAGUCGAGAGAUUACAAAGAGAGAAUGCGUAAUUGAAAUCAGAGCUACAAUCAAAUAGUGAUUCCAAUUUGGAUAGAGUUCAAUAUGAGAGUUAGAUUAGGGAUUUGAUGGAAAAGAUUAGAGUGCAGAGCAAUUCUUAGAGUACUCUAUUGAUUGAUGUUGAAAAAUUACAAAAAACAGUCUAGGAUUUGGAGGAUCAACUGAGAAGAUAAUAGCAAACCCAAAAAGACUAUGAUCCAAAUUGGAGAGCUAAACUGAAUCAAGCUGAACUUCAAUUGGCAUCAUUUUAGAAGCAAUUAAACCAAUAAGUAAAUCUGUUUGGUGGGUAAAGUGCAGAUUAAGUGAUGAGGGAAUUAGAGGAAUUGAGGAGAAAGAAAUUGUAAUAUGAAGAUAUUUCAAGACAAAUGAAUGGAAGGAAUGUUAAUGAAUUGCUGAGAGAAUUAGACGAUUUAAGGAGAAAAUAGUCAUCCCUUGAAGAUACCAGUGUGUUAAGAUAGUAAUUAUAGUAAUCUCAGAAUCGUGUAAGACUGUUGGAAUAAAAAUUAUAAGAAAUGGAAUCGCAUCUAACAUCAAUGGAAUCUGAGAAUAAGAGAUUAUCAAUAAGCAUGAGUUCAAAGAUUUAAAGUGAGAAUAGUGAAACAGCUUUAUUAAGGAAUGAAAUUACUAAACUAAAUAAAGAGGUAAGUAAAUUAUGGGGAGACAAUGAAACGCUUGUUUUAGAAAUAGACUCAUUACAAUUGAAGCUGAGGACUUUGAGUGAAGACGAGUUGAGAAGAUUAAGAAAUGAAGUGUCUAGAAUUUAAGAGUAAAAUAGCCAAUUAGAAUCUUAAAUUGCUCGUUUGCAAUCUCAGAACCAGUCUCUAAUGUCUGAAAUAUCUCAACUUAAUAUGAUUAUCGAAUAAAAUCAAUAUGCCUUAAGUGAUGCAAAUAAAUAGAAGUAUAUCUUUGAGGAAUACAAAGAAAAGAUUAGGCAAUUUGAAUUGAAAUUCCAAGAGCUUCAAUUAUAAAAUGAGAGAUUGAGAUAAUAAGAUCAUAAGGUAGCUGUUUUAACAACUGAAAUUGAAAGAUUGAAUAGUCUAAUAAAAUAAUUGAAUACAGAUGCAGAUGAGUGGAGAUAAAAGUAUUAAAAAAUGGAAUUGGCUAUGUUGGAUUAUAGGUAAAUAGAAAAGACAAACAGAGAUGCAGCCACUAAAAAUGAAUUACUUUUAGAUGAAAUUGAACGAUUAAAAAAAAUAUUAGAACAGAAGUAAUAUGAUAUGGAUCAAUUAAUCAAACAAUUUGACGUUAUUUAAUCUCAAAUCAGUACUUAUUAAAUUAAUGCCAACACAAGUGUGAACAGAAUCUAAGACUAUGAGUCAACAUAAACAUCCACAAUUCUGCAGGAGAAUGAAAGAUUAAAGAGAUAACUUUAAUAAUUUCAAUAAUAGGUUUCUACUCUCCAAACCCAAGUUUAGGAAUAGAAUACCAAGAAUCAAUAACUAAUUGCUUAACAAUAGUAAACCUACAUGAUGAACAAUAAUAAUGCAGAAUUAGAGAAAUUGAAAAGACAGAUUGAGGAAUAUGAGAAUAAGAUUGCAAUGUUGUCUCUUGAACUUUCUAGAGUUAGAAACACCAAAUAGAAUUAAAAUUCAUAUGAUAAAUCAGAUAAAGUUAUGGAACUCUUAACAAUCAUUGUCAUGAUGUCGGCUGAACUCGACAAUCUUAGAGGUAUCACAUAUGAAAAGAGCACUGUGUAAUCAUAGAGAUUACAAGACAAUACUUCACAAUCAGCUCGUUCUCAAUCCAUAAAUAAUUAACAGGCUAAUUAUUCAUACAGUAGUUGGAGACAGAAAUGA